AUGGCCGUGUCUACAAGGAAACUGUAUUGGAUCACGGCAGGUGUGUUCCUCUUGGUCGUCUUCCUGUCAUAUCACAAAAAUAGCAUUAUACCUUAUACCAACCAGCCCAAGAAUUACAACGAUAAUGACGAGGGCUACGAGAGCUCUGCUAAGGGCGCAGUCUACACUGGCGACAAGUCGACUCCAUCCCCACCGCCGACUGGUUCUCAAUUACCCAACGUCCCUGGCAAAUACGACACCCUUAUUUUGAUCCCCUCGAGUUGGACUCAGAUGCACAAUCGCCAAUGGGUGCGUCAGACCAUCUUUGGGAUCAACAACAACCUAGAGCCGUGCAAGAGGUACGAUGGCAAGAUCAUCUACAAGUUUUAUAUUCAUGGGUAUGCAACUUGGCUGAAGACGCCUAUCCAUUCGGCCGAGUUCAUGCAGGGACAAAUCCGAGAUCUUUACGGCGAGUUCAUGGAAUACAACGACCAUUUCUUCAUCAAUAAGACCGUGACCGAUCGACAUGCGGUUUGGGGUGAUGCCCUUGCUUGGGCUGUUGAGACAUUCAUCCCUCAGGAACAGAUUACAGUGGAUAAGGUCCUGAUUUUCGAUUCCACAACCCUUGUCAACCUGCCUAAAAUGGAAGAACGCGUUAAGACGGCCGUCAACCCGAAUGGAUUCCUCUACACUUGGGGAGCACCAAAGCCCUUUGCUGGCAUGGUCUCGUACAAUGUUGCUGAGCAGAUCGUCAAGAGCCUCACUGCCAUCAGGGAGAAUAAUAAGCUCGAGGACCUCUUCACCGCCUCGACUCUUUAUUUUACUAAACCAGCUCCUAAAUUCAAGGUCGAGAGCGGCCCUGCACAAAUCUGGGCAAGCGACAUUGAUGAACUUCAGACCGCAUCGCAGGCCAUCGGCCCGGUCUACCAGCUCGAGGAUUGGACGCCUAUUGUUCAGAAGCUGGUCAUCCAACCAACAGCACCAUGUGCUGCGGAUACUAGCCGAAAGAAGAACAUUGCACUCCUGACCUCGUCCUAUAUUUAUGUUGAUAUGUGCAUGGCCGAGGCGUCUCUCCCCUCUGCCGCGAACAAGCGCGACUAUGCCGCCAAGCAUGGCUACGACUUUGUGGCCCGUGCUGCAGAAUUCGCACAGGAAGAUUAUACAGGUCGUCGACUGGUUUGGGGAAAGAUUGCGGCUAUCCAGAAGGUCCUUCCACAUUACGAAUGGCUCUUCUGGAUGGACAUGGACGCUGUCAUCGCAGAUAUGGGCAAAGAUCUGCGUGAGAUCAUUCAACGCGCGGAGGAGGCCAGUGUGGGCAAGGAGAUCAGCCUGAUCGUUGCCAGGCCUGUCAAGGACAAGAUGCUGAAUGCUGGAGUCAUGUUGAUCAAGAAUACAAACUGGAGUCGCCAGUUCCUCAAUGAGGUUCAGACCCGGAAGGACUGGUACCGCAAGUCUAGCUAUGAGCAGGCGGCUAUCUGGGAGGCCAUGCUGGAUCCCAAGUGGGCUUCUGGGGUUUAUUUGUUCGAUAAGGACGACCGUACUAUGAACACCUUCCCCAAGCAAUACCGGGAAGGUGACUUUGUCAUUCACUUUGCUCCUGCAGGAUGUCCCUCAGUUUCAGUACUGGAGGCAUUGCAGAAGAUUAAGAAUGGUCAGAGCUUGCUCGGCGUGAAACGUUCAAAUCGUAAUUGA